UCCUUAAAUAUAAAAAUUGACUGUAAACAAGUGUUAGUGCGCACUAGUGCAAGCAACCGAGUUCGCUAUUAGAUUCAGUUGGGGUUUUUUUUUUCCAUAAAUGGAAAUGGAGAAAUAGAUGGAGAUAUCGAACGCCACAACGUUAGAAGAAAAAGACGUGUCCCGAUGUAAAUGGCGGAAUCCGUUCUGUUUGGCGACACACGUGCUCGCGUUUACGAUGACGCGCUUGUCAGUUCGGUACUCGGUAGUACGUAUAGCUUGCGGUGCGACUUGUGUGUCUGUACGCGGUCGAAAGAGACGAGAGGAGCAAGGAGAGAUGUAAAACUCUCUCGAAAUUGUUGGCGUAUAUAAGCAACGAAUGUUAUGCGAUAACUAGAUUUGGUGUUUUGCUGUUUAUUUGCAAAACAAGGGAGACAUGGCUGGUAUCAGCAAUAGGACACUCUUGCGUAGUAUCAAUCCACAUCUAAUCUGUCUACUAUGCAGGGGCUACCUUAUAGAUGCCACAACCGUAGUAGAGUGUUUACACUCCUUUUGUAGAAGCUGCAUCGUCAAGUAUCUCAAUAAUGCAGCGCAUUGCCCGACAUGCAAACAUACAAUCAACAAGGCGAAGCCAAAUAUUAAAGCUGACAAGACGUUACAAGAGGUCGUGUAUAAAUUGGUGCCCGGGUUAUACCAUAAGGAAAUGCUGAAAAGGAGAGAAUUUUACAAGAAGCAUCCCGAACACGCAAGCUCGGCAACGCUGGAACAGCGCGGCGAGGAUGUAAGCGGACGUUUAAUAUUUAAUCCAGAGGAUGUAGUGAGUUUGAGUUUGGAGUACUUGCCGCCGGGAGCAGAUGCAUUGUCCGUAUUGAGUAACAACGACAUGGAUACAAGCAACUCGAACAAUGCCAACAGUACUAACGAUAGUAACAGUAAUUACAACGGCAAUAUCGCUAACAGAAGGUAUUUGCAAUGUCCAGCUCUGGUAACUGUGGCACACCUCAAGAAAUUUAUAGCGAUGAAAUAUAGCGUUGACAUGACGAGAUACUCGAUCGAGAUUUGUCAUCGACGCGCGACACUUCCCGAAAACUGGACUCUUAUGGACGUCGCUUAUAUUUAUGCGUGGAAAAGGAUUGCACCGAUGAGGUUUUUCUAUCGCGUGGCACAAGAGGAACAAAGACUCGAAGCACCGUCGCAUCAAAGACCAUCGACUCCAGGACUCGGAGCUCGGGACUGUGUACCACCGAAUGAGGCGCGGAAUGACAGUAACGUAGAGAAUAAACCUGUUAACAAUAUAGAAGCUUCUAAAUUAACGAUUAAGCCUGCGAACGACAAUAUUGAGACAACAGUACCGGCAAAAGAUUCAAAGAAGAUUACCAAUAACAAGAUAAUUUCGCCUGUAAAUCGCAAGCAAACAACAGUCUCCAAAAAUGAAACUACACCGACGACGACGACGACUACGACGACGACGAUGAUGACGACGACGACGACGACGACGACGACGACGACCACGACCACGACAAUGAUGACGUCGACGACGACGACGACGUCGACCACGACCACACCCGCAAUAUCAUCAACGUUAACGACACCAAGUGUCACAAAAGCGUUGACCACAACGGUAACAAUUACUUCUCCCUCAUCAACAACGACUGCAUCUCCCUCAACAGCAACGAAAACAUCUCCCUCAUCAGCAACGAAAGCAUCUCCCUCAUCAGGAACAAACACAUCCCUCUCGACGACAUGUAGCGAUUCGAAUAAGCAGAUAAAAAGCCCUAUUAAGAUACUGAAGAAUCCGGACGGAAGAUACGAAGUGUUGAAAAGUCCGCCCGCUGCUACCGUAACAGACGUUAAGAGUCCCACGAGUCCUAAUCCCGAGUUUAGUGUUGUGAAUUCUAAUGGUGUAAAGCUAACGUUGAAGCAGUGUUCGCCACCGCAGAAUAAUAACUCAAAAAAACCAAAAGUCAUCAGCAAUAUUUUACUGCGUCCCGGCGUCCAAAUAGAGAAAAAUACGCCACAGCCAUCGAGUGCAUUAAUGACGCAGCAAUUGCAACACCAAGACAAGGACAAACUUACGACGACGAGUACGCCAUUGCCGAAUAAACAGGAGAAGCAACGGCGUAAAGUAACCUUCAUGGAUCGAUCUCCGACAUCUGAGAAAACCUCUCCCACUACCAGUAUUACAAUGCCGAGAACCGCAUUGAAAAAACCGGCGGAGCAACAGGACAAAAAGCAAUUCCUACAAGGUUUUCAGUUGACCGCUAGAGAACCGUCAUUGCCGGAUGAUAGCAAAUUGAAGUCUCCCGUUCGAGACAUUAGCAUUGCAACGAGCACCGCUAAAUCUUUUCAAAAGAAUAAUGCGAUACCGAAAAUGGAGGAGUCUCCUAAGAAAGAUCCUGUUGAGGUCAAGAAGAAGAAUAACAUAGAAAAUACCGGCUCAAACGUGAAUAAUAGAACCACCACGACAAACGUGAGUACAAAACGUGUUGCCGGAGUGCCUACCAACUCGCGAACGUACACACACAAAACCGACGACGCGGAUGGACGUGCGAGUAAUUCAGGAACGAGUCCAAACAGCAGCAAUCGUGCUAUUAAAACAGACGUGUACACCUUCUCCAGCGAUCCACCGAUUGUUCCAGCUGGAGCGGUCAAAAGAAAGUGUCCUCCAGGUGUGCCGAUUGCUGAUUUGAAGCGUCGAAAAAUAUCGCAGGUUGGACAAAAACAUCAAAUGAACAAGAAACAAAAUUCUUCAUAUAAUUCCGCUGCUAAUAAGCUAUCACCGCGUACCUCUUUUAAUGCCACAGAGCAUGUUCCUGUAAGCAGAGCAAUCACCAUGGUAACAGAUCACGAUGCCGGAUCGAGCCGCAUAUCCAAUAACGUAAGUAACGCGAAUAACGUGAAAGCAUCGACUGGUCCAUUGCUCUCGAACGAUACUAGAGAUCUGCUAGUGGACGGCUACGGUUUAAAUAUUCCGGCGAGUUUGAGCAUAACGCUGACUUCGCCUAAAUCUUCGGGAUCUUCCGGACAAUUGGUCGAAUCUAACGAGUCUGUCGACAAUAGCCGAAAGACUACGUCGGGCAAAGUAAAUCCCAGCAUCACAUUGAAUGACCGUUCAGUCGAUCCACGCGUGUUGAAAGCUCUGAAGACCGGGCAGAUUAGAAUGCCAACUCCUCCGCCGAAAGCUAAGCCAAUAACGACAGCAGCUUCGACGGCGGCGACGACGACGACGACCACAUUGACGACCGAUCGUGGGGAGGCGGCGAGUCAACGUACAACACUAGCCGUCAAACGGAAAAAAGAACACGAAUCAUCCAGGGACAUUCUGGACCUGAGCGGAGGCAACAGAAAGAUGGACAUACAUCCUCUGAGAAUUCCACAGCCGGUGCCGAAACUUAAUAAGACUAAUAAAGUUACAGCAGACAGAGAUAAUAUGCAACCACCGGGAGGUAUCUCCGACCAAGGUCAAGUGGUUACGCUCAUGAGUGGUCAUAGAUAUUACCGCACACCACCGGGCUCUCUGACACCCGCCGCUCAUCGCGUCAACGAUUGUCCCUUGCCACCAUCGUCAUCGCGCACGCCUGUCUACGCGCCGUCUUUCGGUAGUAUCAACCGAUCGAGCUCGGAUCUCUCCUCUAUCUUCCCAAGUCUGCCUAUUUACGCUCUUCAACAGGCGCCGAAUCUUCAACAGUUUCAGCAGAUGGACACGACGCGGUUGAGAUUGACACAACCGCGAUCCGCUGUGGAAAGUAGAGCAAUUGGAAGCGGUGACAACAUUAAUUCCACUAUUAGCAGUGUACCGCCGAGAAGUCAUCUGGCCGCUCAGUGCGCACCCAUUAAGCCGGCGAGAUCUUCCGUAGCAUCCUUAGCGGUUCCCAUUAACAAGCCACCCGCCGAAAAAUCCAUAAACAAUUGUGUCGGCCGAUCAGUCUCGGUUGACACGAAUAAACCUCUAGCUUUUCGUAACAACGAAACACUCGAACCCACGAAUGAAGCUUCUCGUGUCCAAAAGAGAUACUCCUCGAGUGUCGAAAGUACAAAUAAUGGAUUCUUAUCACGAAACGAAUGCGCAAAGAAUAACGAUCAAGCCACAAAUGAGACAAUUAGGAAUUCGAGUGCCGAGUCCAGGAACGAAACUGUCAAUACUGAUAAUUCAGUGCAGCAGCAGCAGCAGCAGCAACAACAACCACCACAACAACAACAACAGCAGCAGCAGGAGCAACAGCAACAGCAUCGCGAGGCAAUGAGUCCUAAUAUUGUAUCAUCGACGGCUUCAACACCACCACCUCCUAGCAAUGGUGGCAUAAAUGCAAGGAAUGAGGUUGGUGCUAACAACAGUGAUACUAACAUGAAUAGCAACGAUUCGAAUAGAGGUAACAACGCGACGCCUGGUCAGACGAAGAGCACCAGCUCCGAGGUAAUGUGCAGCAAAUCGCCGGAUAGUCCGGAUUCCAGUUCGAUCACAGUAGAGAAUUUGAGCACGAGUAAAGGCUCAACCUUAACUGAUCGGGAAAUGCCAUGCCCGACGGACGCCCAGACGUCGCCGGACACGGCAAAGGCCUCGGAAUCAACAGUGAAUCCAGAUAACACCACCGUCGACAAUUCGACCGCUAAUGGCAACAAGAAUAAGUCGCCCAAGAAAUCGGAUCCGAAUGAAAUCGCGAAACAAUUGACUUCUGUGCAAAAAAGUUUGCUAGCAGUUUUUCCUUCAACCGAAUGGGCGAAAAAUCCCAUAGCUGCCCAACAUCUGGGAAACUUUCUUAAAAGUUUGAAUGCCACGAUAAAGAGCGAGACAUUCACCGAAGGAUCCAAGACGGAGAAAAUCGAUCGGAAGACCAUCGGUAACGAGAAGAAGGAGAAUCGGUAAUGAUUUCUUCGUGAGAAUGAGACAGUAUCCAAGGCAAUUGCGAGCGAUCGUAAUAAUGAAACUUAUGACAUUUCAAAAACGAUAUGUCUACGUAAUAUUUAAUAUUUACAUGACAACUCGACACAGGAUUUUACAACUUUGAUGAGGAUUUUGUUUUGUUCAUCUUGAUCGAUUGUAGACUAAAGAUUUAACUGAAUCGUACCUAAUUGUGUCUCGUUAUACACACGGAAAACAGUGGUGAGAAAAAUGUGUGGCAAGCCGAGCACGGAUAAACUCUGAGACACUGCCAUGCAAAUGGAGAGAUGCACGAAAUUAUUUUUAACUGACAAUGAGAUGUACACAGUUACUACAAUUCGCGCAGUGCGAGGAGAGAAACUUACAGACGAAAACAACAUUACGUUAUACUAUAUACGCAUAUUAUAAAAAUACAUAUGUAGUGUAAAGAGCAGUAGACCGAAAAUCUUAUUUUUUCAAAUUUUUAAAAGUAAUCUCACACAUUGAAAUAAUCUAUAUGAAAUGAUCUAUACAGACAUCGCUAGUUUGAAAAGAAACUUAUAAUAUUCUGGAAGAACGCUAUUGUUUUAAUCUGAGAAUUAUGCAUAUAAAAAAAACAUGUUUUAAUCAAUACCAUAAUUGAUCAGUUGAAAUGGCUCAUCCCGCAAAUGAGUUGUAUCUUGCAUAUUUGAAGAGCCAAUGCUUUCGGAAUUUGCUAUUACAUUUGGAUCCUCUAAAACGAAUUAUCUAAUAAUAAUGUACAGUCCAAUCUCUGUAUUCUUAACAUGUCGGGACCAAACUCUCUGUAUUCUUAACAUUUUCUUUCGGAUCUUGUUCUAAUGGCAUAUGCAAAGAAUGAAAUUUUUGGGUCUCUUGGUCUGCACGAACAAUUGCAUGUAUGAUGACAUAUGAAUACAGAUAAAGCAAAUGUGAAAUAGUAAAUAAAAUUAUGCGUAAAAAGAUACUAAGAAUACGGGGAGAUAUUAGGAAUGUGGAGAUUCGACUGUAAGUGACUGUUUACAAUUGUAUAGAGAAAGUAACGAAAAGCCAAAGGUAGUCCAAGCAAAUUGCAAACCGUAUUCGCAUCCAAUCUUUCGAAUUUUCCUUAUUAUAAAUUCAAAGUCAUCUAUACAAUAUAUAUGUCGCACAAGUUUCUUGUGUAAUAAAACUUUAUUAGUUCAUAUCAAGUGUUAGAAAAUUGCAAAUUUCAAGUAUUUUUGAUCUUCCAUUUUAUACUUAGCAUCAUCGGAUUCUGAUCUCAGAAUGUAGAUUUGAAUCCGAAAAACAGACAUUUAAAAGUUGAAAAUAAUUGAAAAAUAUUUAUAAAACUACAAUUUUUUAAACGACACAUUUUAUAUUGUUCUUACAUAAACACCGUAUAUGAAGCAAAUUUAUGAAGGAGGAAUAUUCACAGGAUUUUUUCAUAGAAUUGCGAAUUGUUAACAAAAAAUUAUAUUUUAAUGUAUCAAGCUUUUAUUUUUAUCUCAACUAUCUAUAGCUAUAUAUUUUAUUACAUAAUGUAUGUCGCACUAAACUGGAGAUAAAGAUUAUAAUACAUGAUGCGAAUACUGUUCUAUAUAUAUAUACAUGUAUACAAAUCAGAACAAUAUUCUUCGAAAAGAAUGAAUAGUUCAGUCAAGUGCUGUAUUGUUAGUCUAACUUAAUUUUUUAUGUUAUGUUUCAUGUAUUAACUUGCGUAAUAUCGACACGUUGUAUAAUAAUUGUUGCAUACGUUAUGCGAUCGCGCGCAAUGCGUUUGUAUUAUAUUAAUUAUUGUAUUAUUUCGGAAUUGUAUAUAUUUAUAAUUAUUAUAAAAUAGCAAGAGAGCGGGACAAAGUUCUUGCCUCAAGAUUUCUGUUAUUUUAUAAAUCGGAAGUUAAUUGAGUGCGUUUUCCUGUGUUUAAGUAUUAAUUUUGAAGAAAGUAAAAUCGUAUAUAAUGAAAAUAAAUAUAAAAUGAAAUACACGACGAUCACGUACAGUCGUGGUCAGAGAGGUUGUCCGACGUUUUAUGCUAAAUUUCGGAAAUACAGUCUAUGCGAGAGAUUAUAGCUUUUCCUCAUAGAUAUGUGCAGUAAUGCAUUAUUAGAGCAAAGGAAUGAUAUGUACCAAUAUCUAUGCAAUACAUGCGAAUUCCGAAAACUUUUUCUAAAACGUCCAACAACCUUUCUAUGACCAUACACCUGAACAUAAAACACUGACAUGAGCAUUCAGAGUGUUGUGAGCUCAUUACAAUUGAAUUACGUUCCUACUGUAAAUUUGUUCUCCGACUUACGUCAACAAAACAGAAACGUGAUUUUUAUUUCUCGUUCUACGUAUUAUCAUGUGACAAAUGUGAAGCGUAUUGUCAUUUGACAAAUCUGAAGAAAAGAAAUUGAUAUACGAACAUUCAACCAGUUCACAUUAUAUUUUAUCGUGUAUUACUUUGUACAAUUCUUGUAUACAAUUUAUGUUGCAUCUAUUUCCGAAUAAAUUUCUUCUAAAGCA